AAACUGGAUUGAGUAAAACAUUGCAAGAAAACUUUCCUUCUGCGAGACGGAUUGGUUGCUGGUUUCAUCACAACCAAUACCUAGGUGAAAAGUUGAAGAUGAAAAGUCUUGGGUUAUUAAAUUUGGCGAAUGAAAAUCGACAUGCUCUUAAUACAUUAAGACGCAUUAUGGUGCUACCCUUGUUACCUGGAGAUAAAAUCAAUCAAGGCCUAAGAUCUGUAAAGAGAUAUGCACGAAGAAAUGAUAUUAAUGUGGACCUACUAUUUGAUUAUUAUGAAAGGUUUUGGAAUGCGAAAGUAGGAUGUGAUGUAUUAUCUGUUCAUAAUCGACCCGGGAGAACAAACAACCAUCUAGAAUCAUUUCACAAUAAGUUGAGAUAUCAGAUAUUCCUUUGGAGUGGCACACCCAAAUCUGUGGACAUUUCUUAAUCAACUAAACUUACACAUACAAUGAUAAUAUAAUAUACACCCUCAAUCCUCAUAGGUACUGUACUCGGUGAAGCCUAUAUCUUCUUGAAGAA